CCGCAAGCGCCGCCCGCUGAGGGCCCGCAGCUCCCCGCCGGCCCCUGGAGUUACCGGUUGCGCCCCGCGAGCUCCGCUCCGGCGGCCGGGACAGGUGGGUGGCGCCGUGGCGCUGAGGGAAGGAGAGGGGCCCGCCACAGCCGUGGGGCCGGGGACAGCCCGGGGGCGGCUCGGCCGCUCAGCCCCGAGCCGCGCAGCCCCCGUGUGGGUCGGGGCAGAGGCGGCGGGGUGGAAAACGGGGGGUCUUGUUCUGGCCCAAGGGGAAAAGCUCCUUUGGCAAGAGGAGGGUACAGGGUGGGAGCCCCUUGCCGCUUUAAAACUCUCCCCGCGGAUUGAAAGUUUCUGUAGUGGAAGGUGUUGCCCAGGGGAGGCUGUGCUGGGAAGGCAGAAAGUAGUGUCUUGGUGCCUUGUGAAGGAGGUACAGGAUGGCUUACAGCGUGACUCUGAAUGGACCUGGACCAUGGGGCUUCCGACUGCAGGGGGGCAAGGACUUCAACAUGCCCUUGACAAUCUCCAGAAUCACCCCUGGCAGCAAGGCAGCACAGUCACAGAUGAACCAAGGGGACCUUGUGGUAGCCAUCGAUGGAGUCAACACUGACAGCAUGACCCACUUAGAGGCUCAGAACAAGAUCAAGUCCGCCAGCUAUAACCUGAGCCUUACUCUUCAGAAAUCUAAACGUCCAGUGCCAGUUUCAACCACAGCACCCAAAAUUGACUCUCCCAGAGCUGUAAUUCCCCACCAGAAGGAACCUGCUUGGGAAAUCAAUGACAACAGAACAACCUUCAGUCCUCUAACUAACACGGCGACUGGGCCUAUGGGUAGUGUUUUAGCAACCAAUGGAACAUUUUCAGGCUGCCUCAACAAGCAAGAGAUCAGCUUUUCAAAUAGCUCUUCCUACUUAAAGACUACCACAGUUAGAUCUUCCAUGUCCUCUCAGUCUGUGACUCCUGACAUUUCACCUGCAAAGAGUAAUCUAGGUUCAAAACUAAGCCCUGCCUUGGCUGAUGGCAAUAGUCCUGUACACCAGUUGAGCCCUGCAAGGCAGUAUAACAACCCUAUUGGCCUUUACUCAGCAGAGACUCUAAGGGAAAUGGCUGAGAUGCAUAAAUUAAGUCUCAGACGAAGGGCUUCAGAAGGUGGACUUCCUAGAGGUACCCUUCCUAUUAAAGAUCCUCAUGUAGACAGUGCCUCUCCGGUGUAUCAGGCUGUGCUUAAAACUCAGAACAAGCCUGAAGAUGAAACUGAAGACUGGGGUCGCCGUUCUGCCAAUCUGCAGUCUAAGUCUUUCCGCAUCCUUGCCCAGAUGACUGGAACGGAAUACAUGCAAGAUCCAGAUGAGGAAGCCCUGAGGAGAUCAAGAGACAAGGAAAAUGUUGCAGCAGCAUCAGAAAAGAGUAUCCCUGUUGAGCAUGCUCCGGUGUCUACCAGCUCUGCCUCUGCUCCUGCACCACAUGCUUCAGCACAUCAGCCUGCUACUGCUGCUCAAAAUACAGCCAGUCUGAUGACACCGCCAGCAACCACUCCCACCUCAGUAGUGCAAGAGUCUUUCUCAUCCUCCUUCCAAAGAGUGCUUGCAGCCCCCAGCUCUCUUUCACAACCUAAGCCUUUCCUUGGGUCCAAGAACAUGUCAUUAGCAGCUUCCACUAUUUCAUCUGCUAUCUCAUCUCAGUCUAGUUUCAACCGGCAUUCUUCCACCUCCAUCAGCUACCAGUCAAAGAAGAGAAACACAACCCAGUCAUAUACACCAAUGCCUGUUUCUGCAAGCUAUGGUGAAAGUCCUGCUGCUUCUGCUGCUUCAAAACCAAGAGUUAUCACUACUGCCAGCAUAAAGCCCUCUGUCUACCAGUCAGCACCAGCACCAGUUCAUUCCUACACCCCUGCCAACACUGAGCCUGCAAGCCGCCCUCCCUGGGUAACGGAUGACUCCUUUUCCCAGAAAUUUGCACCUGGAAAAACCACCACCACCAUCACAAAGAACAUCCUACCAAGGGGUGCUCCAGUACCAUCUCCUGCCUCAACUUCUGCUUACCCAUCUCCAGUUUCAGCUUCUUCCCAGGCUCCUGCAAUAGCCCGGGGAACAAUUCAGAGGGCUGAGCGUUUUCCAGCCAGCAGCCGAACUCCUCUUUGUGGGCAUUGUAACAGCAUAAUUCGGGGUCCUUUCUUGGUCGCCAUGGGUCGCUCUUGGCACCCAGAAGAAUUUAACUGUGCUUACUGCAAGACUUCCUUGGCUGAUAUGUGCUUUGUGGAAGAGCAGAAUAGUGUGUACUGUGAGCGCUGUUAUGAGCAGUUCUUUGCGCCAACCUGUGCCAGGUGCCACACCAAGAUCAUGGGGGAAGUGAUGCAUGCCCUAAGACAGACUUGGCACACAAGUUGCUUUGUCUGUGCCGCUUGUAAGAAGCCAUUUGGGAAUAGCCUCUUUCACAUGGAAGAUGGAGAGCCAUACUGUGAGAAAGAUUAUAUUGCUUUGUUCAGCACAAAAUGCCAUGGCUGUGAUUUUCCUGUUGAAGCUGGAGAUAAAUUCAUUGAAGCCCUUGGACACACUUGGCAUGAUACCUGCUUCAUUUGUGCUGUAUGCCACGUGAAUUUGGAAGGUCAACCAUUCUACUCCAAGAAGGAUAAGCCACUGUGCAAGAAACAUGCCCAUGCCAUCAAUGUUUAAAAAAAAGAUCUGGAAGUCAGUAAUGUUGGGAAAAAGUGAUGAGUAACUGGGCAAUUACAAAGUUGAUAUCCAUGACUAGCAUUUCUCUUGGUAAAAGCUAGGAAGUUGAUACUUCUGAAGUUUAAUUUUAAUCUCUUUCUUAGAAGCAGAACAUGCAUUUGCAUGGUUCAUACAAAAACCUACUGAAUGAAUAAUCAAAAACAAAAGAACUAGUCCAUUUGAAAAUAGAUUAUUAGUGCAGCAGUUUGGAGAAAUAUGGAUUAAAACCUGUAAUAUAAAAUGUAAUAUAGAAAUACAGUUUCAAAUGAACUACCCACAGCGGUUUUACUGCUUAGACCACACACUAGUGUUUAAGAAUAACAGGAAAAGUCCUUUUUAUAACAACUCAUUUUCUUUCCUACAAAGAAUGAGUAAGUGCUACAUGAACAAUAGUAUGUAGAACCAAAGGCCAUAGCUUUCAAAGGGAAAUAAAUAGGCUAGGGUUUUCUCUAUGAAAAGUGUGUGCUAUUCCAUUAUGUUGUGGUGCUACCUCAUAGCAUCAAAUACUUUAGAUUCUUUCAAAAUAAGAAGUUUGCCUUGAAUGCAUAUGUAGCUGGGAAGCCUAGGAGCCAAUGACUAACUUAGUUUGAGAAUGAAGUGGAAACAGAAUUAAUUAACUCCUUCCACACCCCCGUAAGAUUGAGAAAAGCAAGUUGGGUCAACCUUGCUAGUGCACUGGGCUUUUACGUGGGUGGUAGAUACCUCACUUUUAAAUCAUAAUGUAAAAGGACAACUGGCUUUUCCAGCUUGCUCUUAAAUUGAAUGGAAUAGGGCUGGCUGAAAAGGAAAAAUGGCUAUUAAUUCAAAACCAGAUUGCCUUUUCUCUUGUGGAAAAAAAAAUAUGGAAAGUUGCUUUGGUUUCUAAUUCCCAUUGAUAUCAGUGGGAAAUUGGAAUCUACAUCUGGAUCUUCACAUUGAUUAACAAUGAUGAUUCACUUCCAUUUACUACAACUAGGAAGUGGUAAAUAGCUUGCAAAAGCUCCCUACUCUAUCCUACAACUUUCAAGUUGCUCAAACGUUCAUCAAACUUUUUUUUUUUUUUUUCAGAAGAGCAAUACUUGUAGUACUGGUAAUGAUUUUGAAUUUUUAAUUUUAAAUAUCAAUGACUUUUGCAUUGGAGACAACAGUUAUGUCUAAUAGAAAGUGGACUUAAAAUGGAAAGCCUGAUCACUAUUCAAGUUUUAUUAAUUUGUUUAAAUGAGAAUUGUGAUUGUGUGUUGACAGCUUGUAGUACUGACAGUUUUGAAUUAGUAUUGCUGAGGCUGAGUUCUGUGGGCCACAUUCUGGUGCCACCUGCACCCUCUUGUACCUUCUGUUUUGAGUAACCAGGAAUGACUUGGCACUGUCUGCCUUUUCCCUCCUAUGGGUAAUGCCCAUUUUAAGAAAAUAGGUCUUUUUAGUGAUGAAAAACUAUCCAAAGCUUUGGGGAGAAGUGGGGGAAGGAGGAAAUAGAAGAAAAUUGGGGUUCUAAAAUGUGAACUAAGUUAGCUUGGAGGCAGUCCACAUCUUGGAAAAAAAUAACAACCUAAACUGCCUGUGGCAAUUCUGACAUGUAUGACCUGAGUUUAUUCAGUAGGUAUCAUAGUUCUUACUGAUCUUAGCAGUGAUCUGAUCUGAGUGCUACAGGGUCAGAUUUUUUACGCAUGAAUUAUUCUAAAAUUACGACAUUAUAUGCAAAGCCUUUUGUUUUUCUAUAGCAAACACAUUUUCUGUUUUCAGUCAGUGCUGGGCUGGUUUAAAUCUGGUUCCAUUGAUCACAAAAUCCAAAGCUCUGGGCUUAUAAUAUUCUCCAGAAGAAUUAACUGUAGUCGUGGAAAUUAAAUAAUGAUCAAUCAUAUUUAAUUUCAUUAAAUACCUUUUUAAAACUGUGAGACAAUUCUAUAUUUCCUUUUAAUUUUUGAAUGCCAUCAACAAAAUGGUGUGAAUUAUUCUCUAUUAUUUAAGAGAAUUUUUGUAUCAGCAUAUUAUAUACUAAGACUGCAAUGAAGAUGCUCCGUAGGCAGAUUUCUGUGUUACCCACUGACUGGGACUAGUCUCUUACUAUCAACAUCAGACUCUCAAAACAGGGAGUCAGACUCCUUGGCAGGACACAAAAUACUAGGGCAUGUGACGCCUCAGGAGUUUUAUGAUCUAAUCUGUGUGUGUGUGUCUCCCUCCCUCUCCACCCUCAGUGUCCCUAAAAGCUCCCUCUGCUGUCACUGUUAAGGAGUGAAGGUUGUAACUACGAUUCUAUCAUAACAUUUUGGAGAUGGUCAGAGAGGAACAGAUGCAGCUUUGGCAGGGGUACAGUCUGUGCAGAGAUGGUGGUAGGCUGCAAGGCUGGGACUGCUCCUUUUUUCUCCCUGUUUACAAGGAGAUUGCCAGCUGAAGUGGCCCAGGUCAGCCUGUGCGGAGCUCAGGUGCACAGUGGUGUGGGACAUAGGAGGACUUCCAUCAGGGGCAGAGGAAGUGAGGCUUGGAUCAGAGAGGGCAGAGCACCCACAGCAGCCAGAAUGUGGGGGCUUGGGAGGCCUCUAGUUGGGUGUGGAAAGGUGAGGCGUAGAGGAGAUCGGGAAAGUCCUUACUGAAGCUGGGGCUGGAGGAAGGGAAGAGCUAGAUAAGGCCAGUUGCACGAAGUUGACAUAUUAGAUACUCGGGGUGGGGCAGAGGGUGAAAGGGAGGAAUGGCUAGGAUGAUGUGCUACAGUCAAGGAAAGGUCUUGUAGCAAGAAAUUAGGGUACAAGAAGCUCACAUAUGAAUGUAUACAGAAGGGGUGAGCAAGAAAGAUCCAGGAUCCCACCUAGUAAUUUUGAAGUCAGCAGUGCAGAAGGGUGAAUGCAAUAUGUGUAAGUAUAGCUGAGCUAGCUUGCAGAGUCCCAACAGAGAAAAUGUAGCAGCACAGACUUCAGUGGGAGCUGUACUAACUUGACAGAGUCCUGAAAAUUUCCUUGGACAGCUAAUCUGCACUGUAACGCAUGCCCUGACUCCAGCUGGUGUCUGAGCAAGUGAGAUUAAAGCUAGUUUACAUAUCGCCGUAUGAGGUACAGUGAUAUCUCUGAGUGAAGAACAGAGAUACCCUGAGGAUUAUCAUGUAAUAAAUAUCCUGUUUUGACUUGUGCUGCUUCAUAAUAUGGUCCAAAAGUAGGCAAUCCACUUACCUGCCCUUGAUAUCUAUAAUAAAAUAUAUUUUUUGCACAUAUGCGAACCAGAAAUUUGUGAAUAGUAGUACAGUAUUUUAACUUUCACAGGGGUAGAAUCCCACCUAACUGCUGAUACUCUUCUGCCACAUCUCACCUUUGUGAUAUGGGGGGGAAGAUGCAUAGAUAGAUCUGUAAUUCCAAAUAGGGCCCUGCAACUAUCACUGAAUAUAAAUGCUGUACAAAAAUAGUGUUUGCAAGAUGAAUAAUGUGUACUUGUUUAUGUUUUAUGUCUUGUAACUGAUGCCUGGGAUAAGUCGUAAGUUCCUCUAAAUAUUUAUAUUCAUUCUAAUUAACAUGGGACUUUACAUAAUAAAAUAAAGAUCCUGGACCUCUGAAUGAUCAAAUAAGAAGCUGUCUUUUAUCUAAUUAAAAAGUGUUCAGUUUCUUUUCAGUCAGAGGCUUCAAAAAUGAUCUUAAUGCUUUUUCUCUUUUUCUGCUGUUUUUGCAGAAAAGAGUAAAUUAAACAUUUCCAAAGAAGACUUUGCUUUUAUUAUCUGAAAAAAAGCAGAACACUGACCUGACUUCUUUUACAUGUUAGUUUUUAGUGUAUUGGAUUCACACAUAGCACAUUUCUAAAAUUAAUUUAAAACAAGGAAAAGUAUUUUACUUUGGUCCUUCAGUGGUCAGCACUUUGGGUGAAAUGUUUUGUUAAAGGCUAUUCAUAUUUAUGUUUAAUAAUGUGAAUGUCCACAGCACUGAACACACUUAUUAGUGUCUAAUGCUGGGCACACUAGUAUUUAUUGGCAAUACUUGUCUCCAGGUAGCAGAUAUUAAUCUGUUUAGUAUUUAUAAACAUUGGAAUUUGAAACUGAGUGAUUUCCUGCCUGCAGUGAUCAUACUAGAAGUCUAGGUUUUAUAAAAUAUUGACAUGUCAACUUGAUGCCACAAGUGCCCUUGCUUUUAGAUACAUAUUUUUCUUAAGUUCCUAGUUAUUUCAGAAACAGAAUAUAGCAUGGUUUAUGAGGUGUGAGUAACUGUACUCUGCAUGGAUUAUCUGUGCCAACAUGAAUAAAACAGUCUAGUAAUAAAAGAAAUGUACAAAUACAUUUAAAGGUUUAUGAUUUGGGUAUAUUUAUUAAUAUGGCAUGUGAACAGCUGACAGCUUUUAGUUAUGUAGUACCGACAAGAAAGCGUAUACAAGGUUGUAUUCUCUACUUCAGAUUUGAAAAUAAAAGUAAAAGCAUU